AUGCUCACACCCCUGUCACAAAAGUAUGGAGUAUGGAGUACUCUGAGAGCCAUUGAAGGCCUCCCUCGACCGUCAAACCCGUUGGUCACGCUGUCCGUUUCAUCCAAAAGAGAGCCUAAGGAUCUUGCAGAAGAGUUUGCCAGAGAACUAGCCCAAGUGGCCAGCUGCAUUGAUCAUCGUCCAUCGUUAAGGGACUCAGCUUCCGAUGGUUCCCCAACGGAUGAUGACAUUACCAUGACUGAGCUACAUGAGGCUGUUGUCAAGGGCUUAAAACGACGCAGCGCCGUUGGACCAGACGGAAUAUCGAAUCAGGCCCUGAAGAACCUAAGCGACGAACAACUUGUCUCUCUCCUCCAGUUAUUCAACAAGGUCUGGUGUUCGGGAAGCAUACCCCCUGAUUGGAAACACGCCCGAGUCAUCCCUAUAUUAAAGAAGGGGAGACCGCCUGACUAA